UCUCCCUCGCCCUUCAUUGCCAUCAAGGCUGGCUGGCGGCGCCUAAAAGAUCCCGUGUUGGCUGUCCAUUGUAAUGCUGCGUUGAUGUGUUCAGCCCAGUUAGUUCAAGUCUAUAUUUUCCCAACGAUCUCGCCCCAUUUCUCUCACCUUUAGGCGGCGCUCCCUCUCUCUCUCUCUCGCUCGUUUUUUUUUUUUUUUUUUUUUUUUUUUUAAUUUUUUUAUUGUGUGUGUGUGUGUGCUCCGUCCUGGGUUCAAGACCACCCCUUCGUUUCCAUGAGAUUCGGAAUCCUCUCAGCUCAUAGCUCCCUGCUGCUGUGCGAUCCUUGCCAUUAUCGGAGUAGUAGUGUGUAUCCCCUUUCUCGGAGUAGUAUACUUCCAACUCGCUCGUGUAAUUGUGCGCUUCGUCUUGUUGUGAAGAUCGCCUUUCGUACGUUGUUGUUGUUGGUCUCGCGCGCCGCAACGCAGCUGGUUGUUUUCUGUUUGGGGAGAGUCAAAGUUUGGGGAGUGGGAGGUUUGAUGGUUCCGAUGUUUUGAGAGAUUUUUAGAGGGUGAGGUCGUGCCGGGAGUGAGGACAAGGUGUGAGUGAGGAUAUUUGGAUGGUAGUGUUGUGCGUGCUCAUGGAGCCCGGGUUGAGGAGUGAUUGGCGGUGGUCGUCUCAGUCGUGGGGGAUGGUGUCACAUUCCUGAGGGCGAAAGUUGGAUUCGGUCCAGUUGGGACCUCCGGUUCUAGAUGUCGAGGUUAUUGCAGAGGAGCGUGAGGGAUGGACUCAUCGCUGAUGACAUUGUUGUAAUCAACCCUGGAAUCUCCUCUCUGGCAGUGAGCGGAGUGAAAAGGAUUGCGUUCGGAUCAAUCACCCUGGAAUCUGCGUUGUGAUCUUUUUUCUUUCUUUCUUUCCUUCCAAGUUUAGAGAUGAAAAUGGUCUCUCAAGUGACUCCCGUGGAGGAUAGGUCCAACCUCCACAUCAUCAUUCGCAAAUACAACGAAUUUGAUGUGAAACAGCUUGCAGCUUUCGACAAGCGUGUGGAAAUGGGCCCAGCAGGGUCCGAAUCUCUUACCUUUGAUUGGUUGGGCGAUCCCCUCUGUCGAGUUCGUCAUCUUCCCGCAUUCCACAUGCUGGUCGCCGAAAUCGGAGGUGAAAUUGUAGGGGUUAUCAGAGGCAGUGUGAAGGAGGUGGUGUGCAGUCAGAGCGCUGCAUGCUCAGAUAAAGCUUCGAUCCGCAAGUAUGCGCGGGUGGGAUACCUUCUCGGUCUACGAGUUUGCCCCCGCCAUAGACGGAUAGGUAUUGCGUUCAAGUUGGUACAAUCUAUGGAAGAAUGGUGUCGCGAACAGGACGUUGAAUACGUCUACAUGGCUACGGAGAAGGACAAUGAAGCCUCCUUGAAGCUUUUCACGGAGCGUCUCAGCUACCGCCACUUCCGCACUCCUGGAAUCUUCAUCCAACCUGUGCACGUCCACGAUCGCCGUAUUUCAUCACGUAUUCAAUUGACGAAGAUAGCCCCCGAUCACGCUGUAGCGUUGUAUAGCGCCACAAUGAGCACUGCCGAGUUCUUCCCUAAGGACAUUGACGCUGUUCUGCGCAACAAACUCUGCGAAGGCACUUGGAUUGCCUCGUUCAAGGAGAGCCGCCUCGAUGAGGAGUUAAACAAUUUUGCAUGCGAGGGGGGCAGGGGUGGCAAAGUGGUCGACGCAAGCUGGGCAAAGGGAGCGUCAUGGGCCAUGCUGAGCGUAUGGAGGAGCAACGAUUUGUUCCAGUGCGAGUACAAAAACGCCUCAUGGUUCAAGAAAACAGGGGCGGCAUUGUCCAGAUUGGUGGAUUUCUGCCUCCCUGGGUGUCGGGUACCCUCCGUCCCCAAUUUCUUCCAUCCUUUCGGUGUACAAUUCAUGUUUGGUUUGCAUUGCGAAGGUGAUGGAGGUCCUGAGCUUCUGCAUUCUCUCUGCUGGCAUGCACAUAAUUUGGCAAGGAAGAAUGAUUGUAAAGCGGUUAUGUCUGAAGUUGCCCCCACCGAUCCUGCAUGGAAUAGCAUACCUCACUGGAAGAGACUCUCCUCCACCGAGGAUAUCUGGUGCAUCAAAUCGCUUAAGGAAAAAGUCCCUUCCAAACCCAACUUCGACUGGUGUCACGCUCCUCCACAGCCCGUCCUUUUUGUAGAUCCGCGAGAGGUGUAAAAAUCUUUUCUAGUUCUCGAUGGCCUUCUGUACCAAAGCCAGUCCCUCGAACUCGAACUAAUGGCUCUCCGUUACAUAGACUACCUCGGAAGUGAUGAAUGUGAGCUCGAUUCCUUUCCAGAGGUUCGGUUUUGUUGAUAUUGGCUGCAUUUCAAUUUAGUUCCAAUUUUUUUGUAGGUAGACGCUCAAGUGCUCAGAUCGAUUAGCGUUCUGAGGUAACCAUUCACAACACAUUUUGAUCUCUGGAUUGUGUUUGCCCCUUUAUUAGGCUCGGUUAGCGUUUAUUAAGAGAUUAGUGUAGCUCUAAACACGCGAGUUCAUACAGGGCAAUGUCAUGAGGCCCUUUCCCCAGCAUAGGCGAUUAAUUUAAACGUCGACUCUUCUUUUCUACUACACAAUGCUCUGAAGCUCUGCAUUUUGCAAGGAUCAUCUGUGCUACGUCAUUUUUUCCUUUUAGUGGGAAAUGGCGGUCCAUUAGUACUGACAAUCGUAAAAUUCCACGUGGUAUGAAUAUAAACGCUUGGAAUGUGUACACAGCGCGAGGAUUUCGCCUCAUCUGUCAACUCUCCAGUGCUAUGAUUAAAUUACA